GGAAGAGUCAUCACAUUUCAAUCCAAAUAAAAGAGAGGGGAGUUAAAAUUGUCAUCGUUCCCUUGAGACCGUGCAUUGGUCUACACAGCAGCUUGUGUGUUAUUGAUCGUUGUGCUAGGAAGAUUAUGACGAUGAUGAUGAAUAGUUUAUUGAAGGUGAAUCAUAAAACACAGCUCAUAAAGCAUUGCAUGGCCUCUUACACACUUGAUAUAAAAAGGCUUGGUUUCUAAAAUACAUAUCAGCCGUACAAUACUUUUACUGGAAAUAUGACCAUUAUGAGGCAUCAUCAUCAAAUGGAUUUGCGAUUGCUCUUAUUCAAUCAAUUUCUGAGUAAAUUGGUACAUAAGGCUUCUGUUUAAUCUUUAAAAUCGUACUGUGCCUCAUGAAAUCAUGUAGGUAUGAUGUAUAAAAGCUAUUCAUAUGAGGAAGACAGAUUGGUAGAGUGUAAUUGGUAGGUGAGUGAUUGUUAACGAUCAUUGGUAACAAUAAUCAUGAUUGAUUUAAGUAAAACAACCGUAAAAAGUACCACACAACACAGAAUGUCAUUCAAAUGGCCAAACCUUAGAAAUGCAUUACAAAAAGACCACUCAAAAAGUUAUAACUUCUUUUUGUCAUAUUUCAUCACUUUUUGUCAUAUUUCAUCAAUGAGAAUGUCAGGAAUUUUCUGGUACUGUGCAACUUAUCUUGACAGUUCCUCAGAUAAUAAAUUAUAAGCGGAGCUAAAAGUUAAUUGUUUGAUCAAAGAAGUGAUGUUUUCACCAAUGUUGGGAAGAACUGUUUACCUUAAGUAGUCACGUGACGAGCGUAGUCAGUUACCAAAAGAAAACUUUACGUCACGUGACCCAACAGUACGCAUGGCGCCGAUCUCCGAAAAUUCUUCUGGAGUCUGUGCGGCUCUGACGGCAAGGAUCCUACUCUAAAACUGCGGAUUUACUACAAAAGCGACCGAGGAUUUUCUACCAUGGUGGCCGGGCGAUCUGCUGUCGCGUCCUGUUGGAUGUUUGUGGCGGUGGCGGUGGCGUUUCUUAGCGGGGAGAGUUUGGCAGCCUCCUUCUACGGCGCCGACCACAUCCACGUGAAGAUUGACGACGCCAACAGUCAGACGGACUGCUACCUCCGCUUCCGCACCAGCCAGAGGAACGGCCUGGUCCUGCUCGCUGAGGGGAAGACGGACUACCUGAUCGUGGAGCUGAACGCCGGGAGGGUCCGGAUCAGGAUAGAUUUGGGAGGAGGGGAGGUCCUGCAGGAGUCCAGACCUGGCAUCAGGGUCAACGACCUGGAGUGGCACGAGGUCAGGGUGAAACGGCAGGCAGAGAAGGUGUCAUUGAUCGUGGACCAGAAGUACACGUCAACUGUGAACACGCCGGUGGGGUUCUACGAACUCAACAUCCACAACGGCUUUUACGUGGGCGGGGACGGGACACACCACUCACGCUACCUCAGUUCGUCACAGCCUUUCCGAGGAUGUAUUUCCGACGCAACGUUCAACGGCUAUAACCUACUUAGCUCCCUUGUGUCGAGCGAGGAAAGGAUAGUUUCAGGAGUCACGCCUGGUUGCAGCAGGGAAUUCUUUGUGACGUCAGAAGACCCUAUGUCUUUUUUAAGUGACACUUCUUACAUUGCCCUGGAAAAGUGGAGUUCGGUAGAGUCAGGCUCCUUUGAGUGCGUGUUCAAGACCGUCGCCAAGAGUGGGAUUUUACUGUACGGCUCGGGUGCGCCACUCAGUUCUGACUUCAUCGCGUUGGAACUAAAUGGAGGUCGGGUGAACAUCCUAAUGGAUAAAGGAAAUGGAAUGAUUGAAUUUGCAUCCAAGUAUUACGUCAGUGACGGAGUAUGGCACAGUAUAGAAUUCAGAUUCACAGCAACCUUCUUCGAGUUGACUAUUGACCUGAAGCCGGAAACAAUGCAGGUGGACUGGGGAGACAAUCGUUACUUGGAUUUACUGAGUUACACUUUCAUCGGAGGCGUAAACACUAACAUGCGCUUGUCCGCACGGGGAGAUGGUCUGUCGUCGAUUUUGGACCGACAAGACAGGGGAGGGUCUUACAUUGGUUGCAUGAAAAACCUGAAGGUCAACAAACAAGAGGUCACAUUGCGGGACGCACUGGCCACGGAAAGGCUGGACAUCGUAUGUGCUACCCCCGAGUUUCCAACUGUGCCAACGACCGUAAUGUCCUCCACAAUUUCACAGGAAGAGGCCCGUGCAGAAAUUUCCGACAGCUAUAUGACAAUAAAUCCUCUUUCUGUGGAAGAAGGGGGGCGAGCUAGUCUUAGUACUGACAACAUCAUGAUCAACGUUGAUCUCAAGAGCAUCGGCAUUCGCUACUCUGGAGUUCUGAUCAAGGUUACAAAACCACCAAAGCAUGGAAAAAUUGGUCAGAAUGUUGCUGGAAGGACAGCAAGCCAACAGUUUACCCUGUUGGACCUACAAAACGCUUUUAUUUAUUACGAGCACGAUGGAACCGAGACUAGAAAGGACAGGAUUCACUUCAGACUGUUCUUUCUAGCCAACGAAGACAAAGUUCCACCCUCCCUGCUCCGCGAGGAGGGGUAUGUGAUAAAGAUAGAAGUCACACCAACAAACGAUGCCCCCAAAAUAAAUUUGCCGACAGACAACGUAUUCUCACUGAUUAAGAACACCAAAAGGACUUUGACUCCAGAGGUGUUGUCGGCAGAUGAUCCAGAUUCUGAGUCAUCAACACUUGUAUUUUCUGUCCUUAACAGUCCUGUACAGCAGGAGGACACUGGUUACUUGGAACGAUCAGACGAUCCAGGUGUAAGUAUCGACACCUUUACUCAGGAAGACAUAAACUUGGGCAAAAUAUCUUAUGUACAUCAGGGACCAAAACACUCGAGGCUGGCCCUACGAGUGAGCGACAAAGAGAAAAUUAGUAGUACGGCGGUGUUGCGUAUUAUCGCGUUAGAUCUAGAACUGAAGGAAAAGGUCAACCUGGGUUUGGAGGUCACCCGUGGAGGCUUCUCUCUCAUCACGCCCGACGUUCUGUCGCUCGAAACAAACUCCAGAACAGGAUUACCGGUUAGGUACGACAUUGUCAGGGCACCACUGCAAGGUGAGCUGCAGAGGUUGCAGUCGGACGGUGUAUGGAGACCUGUUACAUCCUUCACACAGAAGAACAUGCAGAGGAAGAAGGUUCGAUACUACAGUUCGGACCCUCUCCUUGUGGAAAGAAAGUUACCCACGGACAGCUUCGCUUUCACUGCAACCUGUGAGGGGGUGAAAACUGAGGAGUUUGAUUUCAAUCUCAGGAUACCUCCUGUGAAGAUCAAACUGGUACAAAAUGAGCAGUUGGUAUUAAAACAUAUCAGGGAGAAAGCACUUUCCAGUAGGAAUCUCCUGACAGUCCUAGAAAACAUCGCCUCGUUUGACCCAGAUAAUGUUUUCUACACCGUAGUGAAAAAUCCAGAGAAGGGAGAACUACAGAGAGUGUUUGGUAACUCAAAAGAGGUGGUAUCAGAAAGGACUAACUUCUCACAACUCGACAUAGAAGAAGAAAGAGUGUCCUAUGCCCUUGAGAGUACUGUAAGGACAGAAAUAAGUGACUCCUUUGUAUUUGAGAUUUCUGCAUAUGGUGCGGUUUCCUCUCUCUUUCAGUUCAAUAUAUCGUACAUUCCCGACCGUGACAGUAUUUUUGUAACCAAUGCAGGCAUGGUUGUAUCUGAAGGAGAAGGCAAACUUCUCAAACCCGAGUUUCUUAAAGUCGAAACCUUGAAUACUGAUAGGUUUCGAUAUUCCGUAACCAGAGGUCCAAAACAUGGGAAGCUUCAGUUGAUUGACCCUCAAUCGGGGGAGGUCGCCGUAGAUAAAGCCCAGAGGUUCACCAACCAGGACAUUGCCAAUCAGGCUGUUUUGUACAUCCACGACGAUUCAGAAAGCGGCGACGACUCCUUUACUUUCCAAGCAGUCCCUAUUGUUGGAACUGCCAAGUCCACUUACAAUGACACAUUCCUGAUUACGGUGAAGCUGAAAAAUGAUCAGGCACCGGAACGCGUCGUGAACAAAGUGGUGCAGGUGGUCACGGGAGGGGAGAAACUGAUAACGACAAACGAGUUGAAGUAUUCAGACCCUGACUCCGGGUAUGACGACUCAAAACUUUUGUACUUUCUACUGGGAAUUCCCAAUGGAGAUGUGUUUUAUACCAACGACACAAGCACGUCAAUAGUUACAUUCUCUCAGCUGGCCUUAGAGCAGAGAAGAGUGAUAUUCAGGCACAGUGGCUCGUCAUAUGGCAGGGGGGUGAUCCGUGUAACAGACGGUCAGUUUUACUCUACUGGGCUACUCGAGGUCCGGGCAUCAAGCCCGUUCAUUUCCAUUGUGAACAACACAGGGAUUGUUGUGCAGAAGGGAAAUAGAUUAGCAAUUACAUCAGACAAUCUGGCUGCCAUAACAAACAUCAAUGCGGGCAGAGAUGACAUAGUGUAUGUAGUCACUUCUGGCCCUAGAGAGGGCACACUGGACAAGGAUGGUAAAAAGGUAACACAGUUCACACAAAGGGAUUUAUACGAAUCAAGGAUUGUGUACGAACAUUCUGACGGCGACGGACUCAGGGAUGAUUUCAACUUUACUAUCAAGGUCAAAGAAACAGAGUUCAAGAGCAGAUUCAAGGUCAGAGCCUUCCUGGCAAGUUACCAAAAGCCACCAAAGGUUGGCACUUUGAAACCCCUUGUCGUAAAAGAAGGAAAGCUGGCAGUUAUAACCAGCCAGAUCUUGAGUGUGACACAUCCGGACAGCACUCCACAGGAAAUCGUCUUCACUGUUACGGAGGCUCCAAAGUUUGGAUACCUGGAGAUGAUGGAAUCCUUCACAGACUUUGACUACCAGGGGGAUGAGGCCACAGCAGAGGAGGAGAGUGAGAGAAUGAUGACCUUUACACAGCAGGACGUGAAUGACGGAAGGUUGCAGUAUGUUCAAACCGCCUCCAACCAGCUCUCAGACAGGUUUGUCCUGGAUGUGUCCAACGGGAUCCUGACGUCACGAGACCUGGUGUUUGAAGUGGAGAUUGUUCCCAAGCUGGUGCCAGUCGAAGUGCACAACUUCACCAUCCUGGAGGGCGCGUCCACCCCACUGGUGGAGAACAUCAUCAGGGUGUCCAACAGGCACUUUGUGGGACUGGCCUGGGUGUACGAGUUGUUGGAGGGACCAUCCAGCGGCCAGAUCGAGAGUACAAGAGGACCUGGAGUGGCCCUGAGGAGUUUUACCAGUGAUCAGGUGAGGAAGCAGUUUGUGUUCUAUGUGCACGACGGGGCGGACACGCUCCGUGACCAGUUCACCAUCCGUGCCAACGCCACCGACGGCAGCACCUACAGCCUCCCGUACACCGUCUACGUCACGGUCACUCCCGUCAACGACGCCACCCCACAAGUCGUGGUCAACAACGGGCUGAGCGUGUGGGAGGGCUCCGUCACCGUGGUCACCACGGACGACCUGAGCGCCACCGACGCGGACUCCUCGGACGAGAACGUCGUGUUUGAGAUCACGACGCCAAACAACGGGCGCAUGGCGCUGAGAUCCAAGCCUUGGCGGGAGAUUUUGAACUUCACACAGGCGCUCCUGGAAAGGGAAGAAAUCGUGUUUGUUCACACAGGUGCGUCGACGGGAGGCUUCCGCUUUCAAGUCAACGACGGGAAGAACAUCGACGAUCGCAAGAUCUUCACCAUCACGGCCAAACCCUUGGUUAUCUCGCUCCAGAACAAUAAUGAGCUGAAAGCAUAUCCCCGGACUCGGCAGGUGCUUACCGUGCAGAACCUGAAGGCGGUGACGAACGAUCGCAAGGGAAAUAGAACAAUCGUGUUCACGAUCACGUCGCCACCCAAGUUGGGGAAGCUCGUCAAAGUGCUUCCCGACAAUAGCACCGUGGAUGUUUCCUCCUUCACGCAAGAGGAAGUCAAUAAGGGAGUGAUUGCCUACCUCCACCGGACAUUAUCAGAGGACUCCUGGACACAGGUAGACCAAUUCAUGUUUAACGUUUCCUCCGCUCUAGCCGAUGCUAUCCCCGAACAAGUGUUUCAGAUUUCUAUCUUGUACAACAAUGGGAAUGUAGUCAAUCAGACUGAACUGUCGGCAAAUAUUGGAUUAACAAUUACCGAGGGCAGGGGUGGUACAAUUUUGAUGGAACAUUUGGAUGCCUCAAACUUGCUACGGCGUGCAGGGGGAGAGCAGCUGUCUGAUUAUGUUGUGAGAUACAACCUGACGAGCCUGCCCAGAAAUGGGGUCCUCAAACUCAACGACCAAAAUAUCUCCAGGCCUGUUAUGCUGACGCAAGAUAAAAUCAACCAAGGGCAGCUCAAAUACAAACACGAUGAUUCAGACACUACUGCCGACAUGUUUGAAUUCUCUGUUUGGCUGGAAAAAAGGGGGUUGGCAACGUUACAAGAACAGGCACUGCUGAAGCAGAAAACAUUGGUUUCUGAGAAAUUCAAUAUCAGUAUCUCUCCAGUGAACGACCAACCAUUUAAACUGUUGACCAAGAAUCCUUCCCUCCAGGUUGUUCAAGGCUUUAGUACCACUAUCACUUCUGAGAACUUAAACACAGUUGACCCUGACAAUCCUCCCUCAGACAUCAUUUAUAGAAUAAUCAAUGGUCCAAAUAAUGGUUACCUUGCAUUCCUGCAAAAUUCAUCAGAAUCCAUCAGGACUUUCAGCCAAAAAGACAUUAAUGACGGAAAGUUGGUUUAUAUUCAAGAUGGCACCCCCUCGAGGGGAGUGUUCUACUUCCAAGUUUCUGAUGGAGUCCACAGGCCUCUCUUUAAGCUGUUUAAUCUGGUUGUUGUGCCCGUGUCAGUGUCAUUGGUCAACAACACUGGGGCAAAUAUCCUGCAAGGUAGCAAGAGUGUGGCCAUCACAAGAAAUCACCUCAGUGGGUACACAAAUGGCAAGAGAGAGAACAUCAUGUUUCAGGUUUUAUCCCCGCCAAAGUUUGGUAGCAUCAUGUUGGAUAAUGUAACUGUGUCAAGGUUCAAGCAAGUCGAUGUGGACAGAGAAAAAUUGAUGUACGUCCAGAGAGUAUUAUCUGAGGGCAUGGAUAGUUUCAAGUUCACCAUGUACUCAUCUGACAGUGUCCUGUCUAAUCAAACAUUCAAUAUAACAGUUGCCCCGAGGUUGAAGGUCAAUGAUCAGAAGGUCACCCUGGGGGGUUGGGUGCAUCUAAACAAGGACUGGAUAGAUGGAAGCGAGCUGGAAAGCUUGACGGGGUCACCCCCAAAGUUCCGAGUUAUCGAAGACCCUACAUACGGUCGGCUGGUGGACUCAGCUACGUUUGUGCCGGUUUCUGAGUUCACACAAAGGGACCUGGAGGCAGGAACUGUCAUGUUCUUGGUAAACAUGGUGAACAUAACAAAUAAGGCCAGCAUCACGGACAUGUUCAGCCUGCUGGUGGCCGCCGAGGGGGUGCAGCCGGCCGUGGCAAACGUCCGUGUCAAGUUGUUACCGCCCAAGGCUCGCUCCGAGGAGCUAGAGAGCACCACAAAUGCAACGUUCAACGAAUCGAGCGUAACAGACACGUACCCGGUUGGUUCAGUAACAGGUGUCGACACAAAUCUCAUUGACGAGGACUCCGAUAUUACCGAUGGCAUCUUUAAAGACCCAAAUGUCAUUAACAGGGGAGGUAAGCCCAUACAAGAUGGUGUUGAUGAAUUCACACAAGGAAACAUGCCAAGAUCAACAGAGCCAUCGGUGGGGUAUGGACAAAACACCGGCAUAAUCAACCCUCGCAUCAGACAUGACAACCUGGCCGUUGUCAUCCCGAUUGUUGUCAUAUUAGUCCUCCUGAUUCUGAUCGUCAUUGCGCUUGUCGUUUUCCGUAUGAGAAAGAGGGACAAAAGGAGAGAAGACCUUCCAGACGGAGUGGUGUCCAUACCUCCGCUGAAUCCAGAGAGCCCAGAUAAACUUGGCUCCAGCCCACCGAUGCUUCACAGGGGCAAGAUGAAGGGCGAAAAAGUACCCGAGGUCGUUCCCAUGCACACGACAUUCUCGUCAAAACCAGAGUGCAGUCCGACAAUGCCAUGCGUCAAGGUCACCCCACUGUCAGGGGAAGAUCACAAGCAAAAAGCGGGUUCACCAAAUGGGAUUUCCAUGACCAGUUUGUCAUCGGGAAGCGAGAAGCUUGGUUAUGACUGGAGUGGGGUGGACCCAGAACUGGUGUCCCACUGCAGAACAACAGCGCCCACACUCAAAAGGAACCAGUACUGGGUAUGAGGCAGGGCAGGGCAGUAGGACAGAGAGGUAGGGGUAGAUACAUUCCAUGGAACAAUGUCCCAAGCACUAAAUGCUUUAUCUUGCACCUGUUUUUAUCAAAUGUUUGCAUCUUAUAUUUAGCUACUUUUAAAUUCCAAAAAUGUGUUGUUCUCAAAUUAUUGCAAAUAAUAUGUGUUUUGCUGAAAUAACUGCAGUUGAAAGAAGCAAAAAAUGUACUUAAUAUGUGGAUAGUAGUCUCUGUUGUUACAUAGAGCUCUCUAUUAUCAUAAUAAUACAAUGUACAUGUACUUCCAAGCUACAUCCAGGACUAGUUUAGGUAUUGUGGUUAGUAUUUUGUCUAGCAUUAUGUUAAGCUCCCAGUUCACACCACAUUAUGAAGGAAAAUUGUUUUUCUGACUCCCCCUGAACCAUAUACCGGCAGUGUUUGUUAUUUAAGAAUUCAAAGUUAGUGUUAUUUAAGGGGAAGGUUGAGGCACAGUGUAAUCAGUUUAAAAAUUUGUGUCCCUCUGUCCAGCUGAAAAAUUUUCAUGAAGCCUGUCUUCAAUCAAUACACUAACCUGUGCCUUUCAUCCAAGCUCCUUGCAACCAUUAUGUUGACAGCAACCCCCCCCACCACACACACACACACAGAGAUCAUCGGGGACUAAAAACCACAGGACUGUAUAGUGCAUGGCUCCAAGUUGAACUUUUAUUAUCAAUUAAGAGCUAGAACGGUAAUGGAAAAAGAAGUUACACGUCUCCACAUGAUGAUGAAAAAAAAUCAGUUGAAACUGAAUGAAAAAUUCAGAGAAAUGAUUUAUACACAAAGUUGGCCCUCUGCGCUCCAACUUCUAACCCUGCAAAACAUUGUACCAUCCCUUUAAAAACAAGUCAGACAUAAGUAUGAAAUGAAAUGUAGGUGCCCAUUACUUGUCUCAUCUAUCACAACUGUAACCAACAAGUCCUGAUGACGCACAAGCAUGGCCUAUAGGCAGGAGGGGAGGGAGGUGGUAAGCAGUCGGCAGAACGUACUGCACCUGCGCGAAACCGUAAUGUAUUGUACAUAGCACUUUGGCAGAACAUCAGAUUAUUUUUAUAUUCUCAUAU